AUGAACCUUUCCGUGGGCUUCAAGGAGUGGGCCCAGCGCCACAUCCGGUCAAGAUUCUUCCCACCGACGCCUCCCACAAAAGCCGGCAAUGCGUUGAGAUUCGGUAUCAUGAGCGGGGGCAGUGUUGCGCCGGAAGUGCUGAUCGAUCCGGCAAGACUCCAUCCGGAAGUCGUUGUUGCUGCGGUUGUUGCCGCAACAAAUUCCGCGAGGGCUGAACGGUUCGCCAAAGAACACGGUAUCCCCAGGGUUCUCACGAGUUUUGAUGAGCUCAUCAACGACCCGACAAUCGAUGCGGUCUACAUCGGCGCGGGCAUGGACGCACAACGCCUCUUCCACUCCUUCCCGAUCCUGCGACCAGACGGCCCCGUCUUCCUGGAAGCAAUCCCCUACCGCUUCCACCCGAGUUGGAUCGAAUUCCAGCGCCGCAUUGACAAAUACCGCGUCUCGGAGGUCAGAGUCACCGUGAUGACGCCCGUCGCCUCGAAUGCUGCUCCGGGAAACGCCAGGUUCAUGGCGGAGCAGUCGGGCAGCGCAAGGAUGGGGCCGGCAUAUGCGUUCUCGAUCCUGCAGGGCAUCUUUGGAUUUGGCGUGCCAAGAUGUGAGCAAUGGAAUGUGUCGCAGUCGCCGCCGUAG